CUAGCACAAAGUUUGCUUUGCGUGCAAUGGGUACUGGGUAGUCUUCCAGCUGUGAUAUUUGGAUCUCAUCGUGCACUUGGUGAUGUUUGUUUAUUUAUGUGUGGGAUUACUUGUGUUACUCAAAUGAACGAGUAUGGUCGAAGAAACAGUUAACUCCGUAGCGAAGCCGAAGAAUAAAACAGCACGCCCAAAACCAGUGUAUCUGUGGACUGUUCUGGAUGUUCAGAAAUGGCUGCGAAGACAUUGCAGUGACUAUUACCCAUUGUAUGCAGAAAAGUUUCAGCAGCAUGACAUAACUGGCAGGUCAUUAAUAAGGAUUAAUGAAAGUACCUUAAUUAGACUGGGCAUUGAAAAUGCUGUACAUCGCCAAGAAAUUUGGAGAGAGAUUGCAAAACUCCGCCUGAAGACUGACAUCAUAGAAAUCCGUGAUCUGGAAAGGAGGAUUAAUUGCUGACAUAUUUAUAAUCAUACUGUAAAGAAAUUGUUAGUUAUGAAUUUUACAGAAAAAGAAAGAUUCAUUUUAACAUUCUUCGUGCUACUUCUGUCAUUAUAUCACGCAAGGAAAAGAGCAACUACAUUACGACUUAUACAUCUGAAGAAAAGAAGAUGCCGUUUGUUGCGUACCAUCAUGGACAUAUCUGACAUGCGAGAGAAGUAGCAAAGUGAUAAAUUGUACCCAUUUUCUUCAUGAAAUAUUAUUCUUUUCAAAUCUCUGUAUCACUUCUCUCUUCCAUAGAUGUUAAAUAAAAUUGUCAUUCCUUUUACAAUUCUAUGUAUGCUUCAUGAUCAGAAUUCUUUCUUGCAUAAUUGUUCUGUAAUAAUUCUUAAUUUUUAAGAAAUUUAUUAAAAUUGGAAGUAAAACAGCUGGGGUAAUGUUGGAACUCAUAAUGUGUGAGUAAAUGACCAGUAAUUAGACAGAAAGUGUCAAUAUUGAUUUGUCUUACCUCGCACUCCAGACUGCUUUAUCUGUCAGAGUUUAUUGUUCCGUUUCAGUUUCCUGCUCUGUAGCCUCCUUGUGUUGUAGCUUUUACAUUAAUUCAUAUUGUAUGUGUUCUUCACUUGUGAUUAAACAAAACUCUUGUUUGUUGUUACAAAUUACUGUUGUAGGUUAACAUAUAAGAGAUGCUAAGCUGUGUUGUGUCCAUAGAUUAAAUUGCAAAGCAUAAAUAUAUCAAAUACAAAAAAUUAAAU